AUGGGAACAGGAUUGGGGAUUGAGGAAGUCGCUUCUUUUGAUAGAUUUGACGAUCAGGAAAAUUUCUGCCUAAAACUAGCCGCAACUUCAUUGGAAUCUAUGGGAGGCAAGAGUAAACCAACCCAUGCCGUUCACGCUGCCCAACUAGCUGCACCUUCUACUUCACUACUACAAGGAGUCGCACGACAAGUUGGUUUUGAGCGUACCUCAACACAAGGAAAAUUCUUCGGAUCAGACAAACCAGGUUUUGCCUUUUACACCUAUCUAAUAACGUCCACUCGUGAUGAUCUUCACCGACGUCCAUCCCUUAUGUCGAAUUUCUUUCCUCCUCAUAUUGGCUAUCAGCAAGGGUACAGCAGAGAAGACAAUAAUCAUCUCCACGUCGAUACAAGUGGAAGUCUUCUUGGAAUGAAAAUCGAUCCUUCCCCCGGGGCUGGGACCACGCUAACGGAAAGGGAGAAUGACGAACUAUCCGAAAAGAAAGCUACGUCGGACCGCCUGGAGUUGAUAGAAAAAGAUCGAAAACAAGCCGAUCAACAAGUUGAGAUCCUUACUAAACGGAGAGAGCGUCUCAAGAACAUCAAGAAGGAAUCUGAGCAAGAGGUCAAAGAUGUUUCAAAUGGAGAGGUUGAUGAGAGGGAAAACGUCCCUCUUUGGCAGCGAAUUAUCGCCGAGAACAAGCGAAAAUCGCCAGUUAAGGCGCGCCUUGCCACGAAGAAACCUGCACAGGAUUUUUUUUACGAGCCUGUUAAUGCACCUGGGGUGAGUGACCUGUUGAAGCGUCAAAAGACUUUUGGACUGAAACUCCGAGAAGCUAUCGCAUACCGGCAACGCGUAAAACUUGGAUGCUUUAGAUACAAUGACGAUGUUUACAAUUCAUGUAUGAAAGAUUUUUUGAAGAAAAUAGAGCGAUGGGAAAAUAGCCCUAAAAAAAUAGCUCGAGACCUGAAAAAUCGUGAGAUAUUUGAAAGAGCGUUUCCUGAAAUGAAGCGUACUCGAGAGGAGAAAGAGCGCUCUUGUCGAAAUGAUCGAAUAAGCUUGCGAGUUCAAGAGGCAGUCGAAGAUCUACCGGCUCCAAGCGAAAGGGGUCAAGUUGAUGAAGAACAUAAAAUGAGGAAUGCUGCUGCUAUUCCUCCUCUGCUUGUAGAUGAAUCAACAAUCCGUGCUCAUCUUUUCGAUAACAAGCAUGGCAUUAUUAAAAACGCUGCUGAUGAAAAUAAGAAAUGGAUCGAGUCUUUCCUUGCUUCGUGGUCCGAUGAUGAAAAGAAGCUGUUCAAAGAACGAUUGUCCGCUGUUGGCAAGAACUACGCAAAUAUUGCCAUGUUUCUGGAAAACAAGACAGUAAAAGACUGCGUGCUGUUUUACUACCUGUGUAAGAAGCGAGAGAACUUCAAAGCAGUUAUACCGAAGCGUAAGAGGAAACUUGCCAAGACAUAUAAGCCACCUCUCAUGCCAACACCAGAGGAGCUUGCGAUGUAUCAGUUAUUACCACAAGAUGCCCUUACGGAAACCCAGUGCGCGUUCUUUGACUAUGAAUUUACAAAUCGUCAUGAAUCGUUUAGUCAUCUGCUUUCAGCUUGUGCAUCUAAUGACAGCAAAUGUGUGAUGUGUCAGCUGCGGAUAAAUCCGGCAACAAAUCCUGGCCGUGUUCUUACGAGGUCUAAUUACGAAUUGUAUGGAAUUGAUGCAAAAAGACAAGGAGCAGACUGCAAAAUUUGUACAAAAUGUAAGGAUGAAGUGCUAAAAAUUAGGAAUAGCGGGCGUUGUAUGGUAAAAAUGUGCGCUUCUGGUAAGCGCAAGGUUAAAGCGACAAAAACAAUGCCGACAAAGUGGCGUCAGAUGGAUGACCGACAACGAACCUUUAUUCUUGCACACUUGUCCAUCCCACGUGAAAUUGUCAAGUGCUGUGGACCAUGUUUCAAGCGCAUCUCGAAGAAACUCGAUUUGUUGUUCGCUGGCGAUCUUGAAGAAGAGAUGGCGAAAUUCGAACUAGAAGUUCAUCAGACAUGGCAAAGUGGAGAGAUAUCUCGGCUUCAAAACCUAGUCGCUCAAUUUGGUACUGACUGGUGCAGUGUUUCGGCACAGAUGCACGGAAGGAGUGCUGAUGAUUGUAGAUUACAGUAUGAGUCUUUGUCCAAGAAAGAAGACGAGGAAGAAGAGGACUUUGAAGAAGAAGCGGAUGGCGACAAGUGUGAGCGCCAGGACGAUGAUGUUCCCAUGGAAGAAGAUACACAGGAUUGUCCAGAGACGUCCAUUUUAACCGCUCGAGACGAUGAUAUGGACACAGAUAUAGUUGAACUACCCACCACUUCACAAGAAUCUACUCUGAGGAGCUCUCCCAUAGACAGGAAUACAAAAGAUGAUUCACAGACGUUAGUGGAGCAUACUUCUACAUAUGCUGAUAUUGGAAAAGGUUCAAUAACGGCUGGUACGCCUUUGCGUCCUCCAUCGGUGUCAAUUAUUGAACAACAACCUACUAUUUCACAACUAAACGCAGCGGCUGCAACAGCUGCAUCACAGCCAUCGACGACACCAUCAGUUCUUACUGGAUUUGAUCAGAACACGCUCUUGCAGAUCCAUGCACUAUUUGGCGGUGGUGAUGAAACUCGUACAAGGGCAAUUCUUGAUCAGUUCCAGCAGCAGCGAAAUUAUCAGUUUCAACAACAAUUCAUUCAGCAACAGCCGUUACUGGAUCAGUUGUUCCUAACAUACUCGCAGUUUUCUGAUGCCGAUCUGAAUCGAAUCUAUCUAGCUGCAGAUGUAACCACUCGUUGUGUAAUCGAAGCGAUUCUUCAGCACAAGAAGCAGGCGGUUAAUCUUCAAAUGCGACAACAACACGCUGCUAUGGUAAGUCAAAUACAAGCGAAACAGUUAGAGUUGCGUCAAAUGGAGCAACAAAGGGAGGAGCAGAGGCUUCAACAGGAAAAGCAGCGACAAAUUGAUGCUACAAAGAGGCGUCUACAAGAGCAGAUUAAACAUCACGAUAUCACAGCGGCUAAUAUCGAGAAGAAUAAAGCUGCCAUGGUGAAUCGAGUUGGAGAGAUUAAUCAGUCACUACAAACUGCAUCAUUGACACAGUUGCAACGUCAGCAGCUUCUAUUAGAAUACAGUAGCCAAUCGGCCAAGUGUUCUAGCCUCCAAAGUAUGGCACAAAACCAUCGAAUGCAGCGUACACAACUGCAAAGUCAGCUCGAUGCGUUAAAUACUGGAAAUGGGUCUGCAGCUGUGGUCGCAUCAAUGUCGUUGUCGUCAUCUCCUGUGAUAUAUAGAAUGCAUGACACUUCAGUGCAAAUGGAUGAUGAACAACGCCUUAGGGAGGAGAUUGAGAAAAUUGAUGAGGAUAUCCGCGGUAUGGAGAAGCAAGUGCGACGACUUGAGGAAGACGAACGAACGUACCAGAAGAAGAAAAUUGUUAGUAAUGUUUCUUUGUCCAUCUACUCGAUGGUAACGCUUUCCGAUUAUACACUAUUGCCGUCGUUGAGUGAUUCGCUUUCAAAUGGGAGCGGUAUUUUUCAUUACCAAGCGGAGCAAAUGAUAACAUCAGCGUUCCGUAUCAAUUCUACGGUGCAGGAUUUUCAGGCUAAACAAGAUCUUAAGGAGGCACAAGAUAAUAUGCGAGUCGCGGAACAUUCGAGGCUGACAUUUCAAAAGAAGCUUGACAAUCUUCGUGAAAGUCGUGAACUUUUGGUGCGUCAACAGCGAAUGUUAUUGAACAGCAGUAAUACUAGCGGUGUUAUAGUGGGUAGUUCUGGAGCUGUUAGCAAAGGUGCAGUGAAGGACUUUGGUCAGCAGCAGUCUGUUAAAGCGGUGCAGCCACCAACGACGAUUUCACUGGCUGCACAACACUACCAGUUACAGAUGCAACAACAGCAACAACAGCAACCGCAACAGCAGCAACAACAGCAAAAAACUCCAAUUGGUAUCCGUCAACCAACGGCUGAUUCAAAACCUUUGUCCCCAUCAUUGUCAACGGCGACACCAUCCACAGCAUCAACUCACAUUCAACAAUCGCUUACAUCAUGUUCGCCUGCCGGUUCAUCCACUGCACAGCCAAAGGCUUCUCCAAAUGUCUCCUCAAGUAUUGCGCAACCUUUGGCUUCUCCUGUGUCUAACACAUCGGGGGUUUUUACCCCAAUUGUUUCGUUCCAAGAUACGAACGUCCCAGCUGCAUGUACUCUACCGCCUCCUGCUCUUCAGUUUUUAGCCACUUCAAAUGUUUCGGGACCUCUAACCUACGAACCGAUCUCUCCAGAUGACAACGCUCCGAAAAGUCCUUUCACACGUGCAGAAGCCCCAUCAUCGACUCCAGCGUUGUCCGGCGGUUCGCGGAUGUUCUCGGCGCUUGAUUUCGAUUUUCCACUAGCAGUUGCGCCAACCGUCAUUACUCCUACACCUAACCCGCCAUCUUUAGCUCCUCCACUCGCAGAACUAUUACGCGCAGCUGGAUCCGAUGCAAUCACAACCGCGAUGACGUUUGAGCCGUUGUCUGAUGAUGAUGACUAA